AUGAGUGAAUAUAUUAUCUGCGUGUUCGGAUCAGGUGGUGUAGGGAAAUCAUGUCUGACGAUGCAAUUUGUUCAAGGAGUGUUUCUGGAAAAAUACGAUCCAACUAUCGAAGAUGUCUAUAAGAAAACACUUGAAUGUGACGGCAAGCAAUAUGAUUUAGAAAUUCUCGACACAGCUGGCAGUGAGGAAUUCUCGUCGAUGAGAGAUCUAUAUGUGAGUAAUGGUCACGGAUUUGUUCUGGUCUAUUCAAUCACGUCACAAGCAACGUUUAAUGAGGUCGAAAGAUAUUAUGAACGAAUCAUUUCAAUCAAAGAUGUUGACAAAGAUGGUCAACCACCGAUAGUUCUAGUAGGAAAUAAAUGUGACUCUGAGAAGGAUCGAAUCGUCUCUCGUGAAACUGGGCAAAAUUUAGCGCGAAAAUGGAAGUGUUCGUUUUUAGAAACAUCGGCCAAAACCAAACUGAAUGUUGCUGAAGUUUUCUACGAUCUCGUUCGUCAAAUCAAUCGAUCAUCACUAGCAAAGAGACAAGUCGCAACGAAUGACGAUGGAGCUGGUGGACGAGUGGUUAUUCACAACGAUCCUCCAACACCUAAAUCUUCGUCGAAAACCGAGGAGAAACAAGAACGACGCUGUUGCUGUGUUCUUCUCUAA